AUGUCAAGGGGAUCUGUGGAAAAGCAGAAGACAACUCGUAGUCUUAACGAGUACAGCUUGCAAUUGAACCGAUGGUUUUUAAAGCCAAUAGGGGCCUGGCCUCUAUCAUCGUCAAGUUCAAAACGCGAAAGAAUUAUUUCAUUUCUUUUAAACGUUUCAUGCUAUGGUUUCGUAUUUUUCACCGCAAUUCCCGGUUUAUUCCAUAUCAUUCUCGAAGACGAAACUAUCGGUAAGAGACUAAAGAUUUUCGCUCCGUUGAGCCAUUGGUUUUUCGGAGGAAUCAAUUACACCACGUUAUUAAUGCAAGGCAAGGAAAUACACGAUUGCAUACAACACAUGCAAACCGAUUGGCAGAUCGUAACGAGGAUAAACGAUCAGAAAGUGAUGAUGAUGUAUGCGAAAAUAGGGCGCUACGUUGCUGGUUUUUGUGCUGCUUUCGUGCAAGGUGGCGUCUUAAUCUACUGCGUUGUGACGGGAAUCGCCACGGAAACCAUUAUAGCCGGAAACGAAACUAGAAUCGUCCAUAAAUUACCCUGUGCGGCUUAUAAGAACUUAAUUCCAGUCGAUACAAGCCCGACGAACGAGAUCGUUCUUGCUUCACAAUUCGUGUCUGGAUUUAUCGUAAACUCAACCGCCGUUGGCUCUGUAAGCAUUGCCGCUGUCUUCGCAGCUCAUGCCUGCGGCCAACUGAAUGUUGUCAUGAUAUGGAUCAACGAAUUUGUCAAUCAGUCAAAGGUUGAUAACAAGAACGUUGGUUUCAACAAAAUAGGUGACAUUGUUCAACAUCACCUCAGGGUUUUACGUUUUAUAGCAGGUAUCGAAAACAUAAUGAAUAGGAUAUGUUUCAUGGAACUAUUCGAAUGUACAAUCAACAUAUGCAUGCUUGGAUAUUACAUCCUUACGGAAUGGCACGAACGCAAUAUUCAAAACCUGGCCUCAUACUUUAUAGUACUUAUGUCCAUGAUUUUCAACAUUUUUAUAAUAUGUUAUAUCGGUGAUAUAUUAACAGAAAAGUGUAAAAAGAUUGGUGAAGUCGUUUAUAUGACAAACUGGUACUACUUGCCUUACAAGGAUAUACUCGAUUUGAUUCAAAUAAUUCUGAGAUCCAGCUUGGUCAUUGAAAUCACUGCUGGCAAGCUAAUCCACAUGUCUAUAUACACCUUCGGCGAUGUAAUGAAAACUGCAUUUGCGUAUUUAAACCUGUUGCGCCAUAUAACAUGA